CUAUCGAAAUUCUCAAACUCCCGUCAAAAAAAAAAAGAAAAAAAUUCUCAAACUCAAAGCAAAAAUAAAACUUUCCGGAGUACGGAAGAGUUCGUGAAAACUUAAACUGACCGCGAUACCCCUGCACAAUCAGUUUCCGUAGGUUUCGAACAGUGCACAGUGCAUCAGUGCAAGCUACUGCUGAGUUUGACAUCAUCUCUAAGGAGAUAAGCUGAAAAUAUGGAUUCUUCCGUAGCUCUAUAUACCCAACUUAAGGCAGCCCAACCAUUCUUCGUGAUGGCGGGUCCAAAUGUAAUUGAGUCAGAAGAGCACGUUAUGAAGAUGGCUAAGCACAUAAAGGCAAUAACAACCAAAGUUGGGGUGCCUCUGAUCUUCAAGUCCAGCUUUGACAAAGCUAACAGGACUUCUUCUAAAUCAUUCAGGGGCCCUGGUAUGGCAGAAGGCCUGAAAAUCCUUGAGAAAGUGAAAGUAGCAUAUGACCUCCCAAUAGUAACUGAUGUGCACGAAAGCAGUCAAUGUGAAGCUGUGGGUAAAGUUGCUGAUAUCAUCCAGAUCCCGGCUUUCUUAUGCCGCCAGACGGACCUCCUUGUUGCAGCUGCCAAAACAGGGAAAAUCAUCAAUAUUAAAAAAGGUCAAUUUUGUGGUGCUAACGUGAUGGUGAACUCUGCUGAAAAAGUCCGAGGGGCUGGCAAUGAAAAUGUUAUGGUUUGUGAGAGGGGGACUAUGUUUGGGUACAAUGAUUUGAUUGUGGAUCCCCGGAACUUGGAAUGGAUGAGAGAAGCUAAUUGCCCCGUUGUAGCUGAUAUUACUCAUUCACUACAACAACCUGCUGGGCAAAAGUUGGAUGGUGGAGGUGUUGCUAGUGGAGGGUUUCGGGAGCUGAUUCCGUGUAUCGCAAGGACAUCAGUUGCAGUUGGAGUUGAUGGAAUCUUCAUGGAAGUCCAUGACGACCCGUUAAGUGCACCCUGUGAUGGGCCCACACAGUGGCCUCUUCGUCAUUUGGAGGAGUUGCUCGAAGAGCUGGUUGCUAUUGCCAAAGUAAGCAAGGGGAAGCAACAGUUUGCUAUUGAUUUGACACCAUUCCGUGAUUAGGAAGACCUUUCGAGUAUGUGUUAGUAACCUCAGCUUAUCCUUUCACUUCCAAAAUUCAGAUUAUCCAAUGCUGCAUGUUUACAAACUCAAUAGUAUCAAUUAAGUUCAUCAUUACUCAUUUGUCGCAAGCGUUACACUCUUCAAAAAUAUAUUGAAGUAGAAUUAUUGGCUUAUUGUAUUGCUAUAAUGUAUCAUUGCAUACCAUUAAUGAAGUUUUCAAUUGUUGGUUUCUCA